AUGGACAAGAAUGACGAGGAAGGAUGUGGCCGCUGCCACGAAGCAAGUAGUGUGGAUUCGAGUGUCCUGGUUGGAGGCUUGAGACCGAGUCCUCGUGACGUCACCUUGCCCUACUGGCCGUGCCUGCCUCUCGCGCCGCCUCCGCUUCACCCUCCGCCAAUGGCUGGGUUAGCUUGUCACGAAGAAGGCGAGUGUUUCCUGGCAGAAAAGCAGCUGAAGAAAACCAAGAGGAUCAGAACCCGUGUAGACGCCGGCGAGCCUCGUAACCCUUACAGUGCAGCGCCAGCCUUCGCCAGUGUCGGUGGUUUGAGUAGCAAUGCUCUGUGUAUAAGUGUUGACAGUGCAGUGUUGAGCGGACCUGUGACAGCCCCUGGUGGUGCUUACUCUUGUGCCCCGCACUACAAUCUCCCUCAAACGUGGUGGAGACCACCAAACAAUUUUUAUCAUUCAACAUUACAACAUCCGAUGACUUAUUGUGCAACAGCAGGAGCUGCGGUUCAGCCUUUGCCUCUUGUGCAUUAUAUUACACAGCCUCAGCAGCCUCUGCCUCACUACCUCGUCACUGCGAGGCAGAGACAAGGAGCUGCAACUGCAGCAAUGUUGAGUGAACUUUUUGCAGGACAUAACAAGAAUAACCCACCAACUUCCCUCGAAAGCAUGGGAAUUUUGGAUAAACUUGCCAGUGGAGGAGCCGAUGCCACGGCUCUUUUACGGUCUCCUGGUCCAGACAAUGUUCUCCUCAGGGAGAUCUUGCAAGGUAGGAAGCGAGACAUCAUGACUUUAGACGAUCUUGAAGCGGCUCGUGCCUUGCAUCAAAAUAUUAAUAAUAACAAUAGUCCAGUAUAUAAAACUGGAGCGACAAAUCUCGAGUUGACGAACGCUGAUAGCAGUGCAGACGAAGCAACCAGAGAACAUAACAUGUCUCACGACAGCGCCGUAGAGGACGAUGACAUUCAGUGUGACAGUGGUGAUGCUGCGGACGUAACAGAUGUCGCUGAAUCUGGUGGUGGAAGUCCCGAUAGUUCAGGCGCUGAUUGUGGUUCAGGAAGUGCAGCAUCUGGAGGAGACUCGAAGAAAAAUCGCCUUGAAAGUAUUGUAUCAGUAAUGCGUUCAUCCCCACCUCCACCCCUGAUCACCAGCGCUAACGCUUCAAUUAACGGUUGCAAAAAACGAAAGCUCUAUUUACCACAGCAGCACGAAGCGCGACAACAGAACGAACCUUCAAGUGACUCGGCCACACCAUCUGUUAGUGGAUCACCGGUAUCACCCCCUGCAUCUCCUUUACCUCCUGGUUCGAAAAGUAGGAAACUCGACGAUCGCGACGACGAAGACAUACAAGAAAUUGAAGAUGAAGCAACAGACUUACAAAUCGACCUCAGUCUCAGGUCAGAAGCACGACUUCGUUCGCCUACAUCGCCUGACCUUCCAAGAGCAUCGUCUCCUAAACCUCAAGUGUCUAUCAACGGAGAUCUGAGGAAUGAAACUUCGUCUAACUAUCUUCUUGAUUAUGCUAAGCAUCUAUUUAGUACGAGGACCCAUCAAAAUCUGCAGCAUCAACGCAACGUUUCAGUUGUGCAGGAUUUGCACAACUCGUCUCAAGAUUUCUCCCAAAAAUUGUCGCUCCUCCGAAGUCUUGGUGGAGAGCCCGGCACUCCUGGAGGAGGUAACACUUCCGAGCUGGAGACCCUUGCAGAUCUCCUAAAGACCGAAAUUACUGCAUCUCUUAGCCUUAUUAUCGAUUCAAUUGUUAACAAGUUUGUGCAGCAACGAAAGCUUAUGAUGAAACAAAAUGAAAACACAGUUCCAGAAUUGCCUUUUUCAGCCGCCGAUUUUUCAACGCCUCGUAAUCUAAAAAUUAACGUUUCACGGCCAAACGGUCUUCAUCCACCCACGAGUUUACCUCAAAUGCGACCAAUAACUUCUGAGAGUAACUUUAACUCGUUGAAUUUGCCUCCUCACUUGCGUCCUCAGCUAUACAAACCUCCAGCACAUCUCUUCAACACAUCACUGCCAUCCGUACCCAUCGGCAAGACGUCUCCUGUAAGCCUCCAGGAGCCAGAACAAGACGAGGCGCUAAGUCUUGUCGUGACGCCGAAGAAAAAGAGACACAAGGUCACCGACUCGCGCCUAACUCCCCGCACCGUUGGACGACUGCUUGAAGAUUUGCCUCGUUACCCACAAAUGACACCCACAUCCGGAAAUUCUUCUCCGCGUUACAAUUCUCCACCGUCACCACCUCCCCAGCCUGCUCUUCCCCCUCAUUCACUAACUCAUACUCUGCAACACACUUUGCAUCAUCCCCACAUGCAUCCCAAUCGCCCCAAUCCCUUCCACCAGCCACCUCCUCCUCUGCUCCCAGUGUCACUCCCCACAUCAGUGGCAAUCCCUAAUCCUUCCCUCCACGAUUCGGGGCUUCUAUACUCGGGUGUUUACUACAACCGUGGCCCUCCUUCCCCACCUGACAACUGCAGAGAAGAAUCCAAAUUCCCAUCUUCCCAAGAAUCCAAAUUCCCAGCAAAUUCCCAUCUUCCUCCCCACCCGCCGCCUCACCCUCUGCUGCAUCCUGCCUUCUUGGCCGCGUCUUCCCCAGACUCCUUCUCACACUUCCUCAAGGGGAAUGAUGACAGAGGCUCAGACUGCUCCCCUGCUGACGUAGGCGCCUUUGAUCAGCACCCGCUGUCCUUCUACGCUGACCGCGAAUAUCCCUUCUUUGGACCUUCCACAGCGCAUUCGAGCACACUUACGCCCAUGCAUCUAAGGAAGGCCAAGCUCAUGUUCUUCUAUGUUCGAUACCCAUCGUCUUCUGUCCUAAAAACCUUCUUCCCAGACAUCAAAUUCAACAAAAACAACACCGCGCAACUCGUCAAGUGGUUCUCCAAUUUCAGAGAGUUCUACUACAUCCAGAUGGAGAAGCACGCUCGACAAGCCCUCAGUGAAGGUGCAAAGAACGCCGAUGAUCUCACGGUCACCAUCGACUCUGAACUCAUCAGGGUCCUUAACCUUCACUACAACCGCAACAACCACCUCGAGCAGAUCCCAGGUCACUUUAGGUUCGUGACUGAACAAACGCUGAAGGAAUUCUUCAAGGCGAUCCAAGACGGCAAAGACAGCGAGUCGUCGUGGAAAAAAGCUAUCUACAAAGUGAUCGCCCGCCUUGACGAGUCAGUGCCCGACUACUUCAAGUCACCCACCUUCCUGGAGCAACUCGAAUAGGGGCAGAGAGAUGCCUAGGCUUACCUAGACCUAGUGCCGCAGAUAUAAGAAUAUAUGUCUUAGUUUGUCGGUGCUAAUCUAGUGUUGCUUAGGCAUUGGUGGAUACAAGCGAGAAUUUCAUAACCCACACGGUUAAGAUCACGAGAUGUUUCUCUAGUGCGGCGUAGAACUGAGGUCAAAUUUACUAGAUGAAGGAAACUACCAACUUCGUCCUAGCGAACGAAUCGUCACAAUAGAAUUGCCUAUCGUGGCACGGCUACCUCAGAAUUGUCCAACUUAAGAUGUGUUAACUCUAAACGAUCGUCGCCUGACGUGGUACCUCAAGAAUGCCUAGUGUACGUAGGUGGUGCUAACUUGAUAGAAUUCCUAGCAUAAUAGACAAAGACCUGCCGUUACCUAGCUCAUUUAAAGACAUUACAAAGAUUAUUAUCUUUGUUGCAUUCAAGGUGCAGAAUUAGGAAGUAUGAAGCACAAUCCUGCCGCUGCUGAUUCACAGCUAGAAAUGUGUAGUCAAUGUGAGGCCAAGAAAAUCCGUUGGCUAACUACUUAACUCGCGACUGGCUUACACCCAAUAAAUAUUAACACAAAUGCGAGCCUAAUAAGCUAUGGUGUAACCCGCCAUGGGCUGAACAGUUGAAAUUAAAAUCCGAAUUCGGGAACCUUGCUCCUAAAAACCCACUCCUCUAAUCGGGCAUAUCAGAGGAUUCAUAAAUAAUAAUUUUGAGCCCGCUAAUCACAUGUUUAAAUUAAAAUUGAAUGGUGAAAAUAAUAUGCGCAAAGUUGAUAAAAGUUAGAUUUGCAAUUAGUAGGAUUUAAAAUAUUUUAGUGAGUUGUUUGGUCACUUGACGCACUCAAUAUUCCGGCGAAAAGCUCCCGAGAAACUUUGUUUUCCAAAGAUCCAAAUUCGCGAAAAUCCUUCAACAAAAGAAAGUAAUCCAUGAAGAUGUUCUUGAGGAGUGAUCACUGAAGAGCCUGAUGAUAUGUUCUUGGGCUUAAUGCGGAGAUGAUGAUGAGUCAUAAUGAUUGAUGUACAAAAUGACAUUCCAAAAUGUAAAGCAUUCCUGCCAACAAUAUUUCCGUGUUUUUUCUUCAUUUCUAUGCUGUGUGUUGAUAGUUGUAACUGUUACUUGUAUUACCAAUUGUAAAAUAACGAUGAUUUAAUGAUUCAAAUCUUUAAAGGUAUCUAUAUCUAAUAACCUAAUUUCAAUUGUAUUAAUUUAUUUUGCGGUAUUCCAGCAUAACUAGUCUGUAAGAUCAUUUCUAAAAUAUUCCAGGAAAAAAUCAUGUGAUAAUAUUCGGUUUGGGUUUUCUGAUCAACUUUUCGAUUUUUCCUUAGCAGUAGAAAUAUUUUAUUCCACAUAAUCCCGUUAUUUUCAAUGUAGUUCAUUUUCGGGCUUGAUAAUUUUUAGUUGAAUAUUAUAAAAACUGAUUUUAAACAUGUUCGUUUGAAAGUUACAACCGCUGUUGCUUUAUGAUAAAAGAAAUGUUACUUGAAUUAUGGUUAGGCGGUUACCCUAUCGUUAACUUGAUAUAACUUGUUUACUAGGUUACACCCGUUACUACUUAACAAACGUCUUUUCUCGAGGUCACUAACUGGCUUACGUCUACACUGUUUUUAAUAUAUACUUACCAUAACACUGAAACCGUUCUACUUAUACUGUAUAAUAACGAAGAGUGCUCUGCAAUAUGACGAAAUGUACAUAUGAUAACGUAUUCCUAACAACUGUAAAUAGCCUGCACUCAUUUAUGCACUAGGAAUGGCUGAGAUUUUGUCCCUGUUAGUAGUUGAGCGCGUACGAAUGUACUUGUCUCCGAGUAGCAGUACAAGACAUUAUGAUUUAGGGCAUAAUUGCAUUGUUUAUACGCGACUGAGUACAAUAACGAGUAGAACUAUCACUUGUAAAUUGUAAAUAGAGCUUAUUACCAAAACUUUCUCGGUGAGCCCUUGAUGUCCGGGACAAUGUAAAGGAGGAUCUAAAUCUUUCCUUUCAUUAUCUAUGUUUUUUCACAUUUAGUCCUCGUUUUGUUCUAAAUUAUCUAAGCAUUGAAAAAGUUCAAGAUAAUAUCGUGGUUACAUUAAACUGCAUGAAGUUCGAAGUAUUUUUAACAACUUUCAUUUUUUUCUUUAAAGUUGUUAUCAAUAUUGGUUUUCAUUGUAGCUUCAUGAAUGCUUCUAGCUUUUUGUCAUUUGAUUCAACAAGCAUUGCGUCUACUUACUCAUUUUUUUAAUUAUUACUUAUUUUAAUGACUAAGUAACGGCGAGCUUUUCUUUCUCUGCUCACAUAUGUCCACAACCUACUUUUUAUGUUAUUUUUUAUUUUUAGGCUACUUUUUAUGUUAUUUUUUAUUUUUUCCAAUUGUGCCGACGCUCUUUUAUUGAAAACUUUAAUCUAUAGUUCAAGUCUAGUCGGGUUUCGGAAAAAGACAGCUAUACGUCACAUAUUGCACUACUAGUCAAAUGACCUUCAGAAGUACAAUAGCGAAAAGUUGUGUACUUACAUGAUUUCUACAUUCAUCAUUUGAUUUACUCUUGUAUCUUUUUAGAAUAUAGGCAUCUGCAAAAAAAUUAUAUUCAUAAAUUUCACUGUCAUUCCCUAUAGAUUUAUUUACUUUAUUUCAGUCGUGCGAGACGUUUUCUACGGAGUUCAUUUUUCGGCAUUUUUGUAUUUUUUUGCGACCUUUGAGAUGCGCCUGUGAAUUUUUUAUUAGUGUUAUUGAUAUUUGUUUAAGGCCGCAAAUUUCACGAAUUCUUUUUAUUUAAGUCUAUUCCAUUGUGCACAUUUUGCAUACUGCAAUACACCGUCUCACUAUC